AUGAAUUCUACGCACGGAAGCUUUACAACCGAUCAAAAUCUUAGUCCGAUUAAAAAUCAAGUUAACGAAGAAUACUUGAAUAGUAUUAACGCGAAUUUAUCACCGAACACAACGACGAUUAUUGCCGAUAUUGAAGGUGAAGGAAAACGAAAACCGAAAAUCUUAGUUGAUAAAACUUAUUAUAUUGCGAAAGAAAUUUUAAUGACCGAAAUUACGUAUAAGAAAGAUUUGGAAGUUAUUGAUAUCUGGUUUAAAGAAGAAGUAAGCAAAGAAGAAAUUGAAGAAUGCAAUAUUUUACUCAGUUUAAUAUCACCUCUUGCUCAAGCUCAUGGAUUAUUACUUGGUGAUUUAGAACAACGUUUACUUAAUUGGGAUGGACGUGGUGGUCCUAAAGCUUCUUCUUGUUGUAUAGCUGAUGUUUUAUUAACACAUCUUCCACCUUUAAUUCCGAUCUACGAAGAGUAUUUAGAUGGCCAUGUUUUGGUAUUAGAAAAACUGGACGCUUCCUUCCGCCAAAAUAAUCGAUUCGAACAACUUUACCGCGACUUUGAAACUCAAAAAGUUUGUUAUCUUCCAUUGACAACAUUUGUAUUAAAGCCUUUACAUCGAUUACUUCAAUAUCACGCUUUACUUCAACGAUUACUUAAACAUUAUGGUCCAAAUCAUCCAGAUCGAGCUGAUUCGCUCACAACAAGUGAUACACUGAAAGAUUUAAUUCAACCGGUUAUGGAAACGUUGGAACAUUCUGAAAAUUUAGCGACAUUGUGCGAAUUGCAACGGGAUAUAAUUGGGUUUGAUAAUUUAUAUCAACCUGGUAGGAAGUUUUUGAGGCAUGGGUGUUUAUUGAAACAUUCGAAAAAGGGAUAUCAACAGAGAAUGUUCUUUUUGUUUUCGGAUAUUCUUCUUUAUACUUCUCGAUCCCAAGCUACUCUUCAAUUUAAAGUUCACGGUCAUAUGCCUUUAAGAGGGGUCAUGAUUGAAGAACCAGAAGGUGAACUUUCUAAUUAUGGACUUAUUAUUUAUGGUCUUACAAAGGAUUGUGGUAAUCGUCAAAUGACGGUUGCAGCAAAUUCCGCUGAAGAAAAAGAAAAAUGGAAGAAAGAUUUGCAAGCCGCUAUACAACAAGCUAGAGAUAAAACAGAUACCAAAAUUACUUAUUUAAGCUUAAAGAGUUGUAGUUCGUCAGAUGAAAUUGUUGAUCAAUGUGGUACAGAUGUGGCAACUCAAACGAAACCAACAGCACAAAGAAGUAAUACAACUGUCCAUGUUUGUUGGCAUAGAAAUACAAGUAUUUCAAUGAAAGAUCAACUACUUGCUGUAGAAAAUCAAUUAUCAGGGUAUUUAUUACGUAAGUUUAAAAGCAGUAAUGGUUGGCAAAAACUUUGGGUGGUCUUCACAUCAUUUUGUCUUUUCUUCUACAAAUGUAGUACAGAUGAUUCUCCAUUGGCUUCCUUACCAUUGUUAGGUUAUAACGUUAGCGCUCCAACAGCUGAGGACGCUAUUGGAAAAGAUUUUGUAUUUAAAUUGCAGUACAAAAAUCAUAUUUAUUUCUUCCGCGCCGAGUCUGAAUACACUUAUAAUCGAUGGAUGGAAGUUAUUGGAUCUGCGACGCAAAGUAAAUCGAAGAAAAAACAACAAAUUAAUGAGAACAGUAUUGAAACGUCUCCAGAAAAAUAAAUUUUUGCCAAAUAAACAAAAGAUAAAAAUAAGUUGAUAAGAGUUAGUUAUGCAGUAUUUUUAUAGAUUUAUUCUGCUCAAGUAUUCGUUAAAAAAAUAUUAAAAAAGAUGUUUUAGUGGGUUUUUAAAGUUGAUUGUUAAAAUAAGUAUUCAUGGAAAUUAAUUGCAUUUACGUAAUACUUUGAUGCCAUUCCAAUUUUUGUCGCAAGAUAAAAUUAAUUAACGUAGAGAAAAAGUGCCUUAGAAUUUUAAUGGAAUUAAAACGAAAUUUUAAAAUGACUAUGUAAAUCCUGUAAAUAUAUUUUAUACAUUGUAUUUUUUCUAUGCGACCUUUUAACGUUUUAAACUGUGUUAUUUUGUAAUUUUGGCAGCUAAUUUCAUUGGUAGGUUUUUACUUAAUCUUUUUAAAUAAUUGUACUUUUAUUGCAUUUACAAAAAUUUUUUAAUAAUG